AUGAAAAUAGAACGUUAUCUUAUUUUGUGGUCCUGUUUACUCUUAAUAUGUUUCAAUAUUAUCACUAUGAUAGCGAUAUUUAGUCCAGAUGAAUUUCUUUAUCGUGGUGAUGCUUUUGGAUAUUUCAAUGAUACGCUUAAAGUUUUAUUUUCUGACAUUGCGGUAACAUGUUCCUAUUUGGAGGCUAUUUUCAAACGUAAACCAUUAAGAGAAUUUUGGAAAAUAUAUGUAAGUUUGCACAAAAAAUCGCCAGGAGAGGAUAUAAAUAUCUUUGACAUCAAGUCGUUAUGGCAAAAUGGUCGCUUUCUUAUAAUAUUCUAUGUCAUUGUCUUUUGCGAAGCCUUGGCCAUGUUUGUAUUCAUUGUAUGGCAGUGUAAAAACCGACAUUUGAUUUUAUUUUGGAGUAUAUUUUCCCCAUUGGCCUAUGCGACCUAUAUACGUAAUAUGCAGUUUAUAUUCUAUAUAGAAUUAAUACGUUUGGAAUUGGUGAAGCUUCAACAUGAUUUAAGUUUAAUGGUUGACUAUUCAAGAUUUGUAGCUUACGGUUGUGGUUUUAAAGGAUUUGAAGAGUUUUUACGUCGAAAAUUGGUCGAGAAACAAAAACAAUAUCAAAUGAUUUACGAAAUGUUUGAACAUUUUCAAAACACUUUUGGAUUAUCGAUUGUAGCUGUACUUUCCAUGAUUUAUGUUCGCAUAUUGGUGGAUUCAUAUUUUGCUUAUUAUUCUGUUUAUAAUAAGUGGAAUAGAUUAGAAGUUACCCUGCUGUGCCCUUCGCUUUUAGAAAUACCCGUAUUUUUAAUAACCUCAAAAAAUUGUAUGGAUGUGAUCAAACUUAUCACCUUUAACCUGCACAGCAUUAUAAGCCAAUUUAAUAAUACAAAUUCAAUAAUAAGCACACAGUUGCAAAAUUUCUCUUUACAAAUUCUUCAUCAACGCAUCUGUAUCAAUGGUAUUGGUAUUACUCGCAUGGAUGGCUAUAUGUUGACCAGGGCCAUUGGCUCGAUAACAACUUAUAUGAUUUUCUUUAUACAAUUUAUGCCGAAAUUUACCAACUUUCAAGAUGACAAGAAAAAUUAAAUUAAAACUAUAAUGUUUAUUUAUGUGUAUGUGUGUUUUUUCUUCAUUCUUUU